GUCAGACUGCACUGCAUACGCGCCGUGGCGGAGAGGGAAGAUGGCGGAGAAUAAUGUCGAACCAGAGCACGAAUGGAGCGGCCGGGCCCUGGACACGGCUGAGGACACCCUGGUUGCGAUGGAAACCUUGCUGGCCACAUUGAGAGCUUUUGAAGACGUGCUCAGGCAACAAGAAAUAUCCACAGCAUCUUCCACGGAGUAUUGCGACAACUUCUGUCAGGUAAUGUGUACAUGCAACAUCGGAGCUAAUAUUAGCCCAGCGUUAGCUCACUUAGGGUUGUUUUCUCGCAGCCCGUAAGAUCGCCUGUCUUUGACGGCUGCUAGCCCGAUGUCCUCAUGACCAAGUUUAGGAUUGGUGUGCAACCAGGGAGAAAUUGCACUAUGGAUAUUGUUGCUCGUAUGUGCGAAUGCACGUAAUGUAAAUCUUGAACCAUCUAGCUGUACUUAGGAUAAUGAUUCUGUAACGUUACAGUGGUGGACAAGUGUUUCAGGUUGAAGCUGGCCAUCGUGAUACUCAUAAGAAACAAUCAGCUUCGUCUUAUUUUAAAGUGUAGAGUCCAAACAGUGACCCUGACAUGUAUUUGCAUGCAUUUAACAUUGUAUUAGUUUGCACAUUAUACAGAUUUGCAUGUGUGUGGGGCGGGGCGGCAUCAAUGUUUAUACAAACCUGUGCACAAAUGAGCUGACAAUGCCAAUGCCAGUACCAUGCAUAUAAAUGAGUAUAAUAAUGGUAAUGUUUUUUCAGGGCCAGCUCUGAUACUGAUUCGUAGUUUGUGGGAAUGAUAUCCAAUACUUGAACUGUUAUGCAUUGAUUUAAAAUGAAAAAAACUUUAUGUUUACAUUUAGACUAUUACAAACUCCAACAUGAAACUUUGCUUGAAUGCCUUUUACAAAAUUUCAAUCAACAUCAUAUACAGGAGAUAACAAUCACAGGGCCUGACUUUCAUUUUUCAUACUGGGGGGGAUUUCCCCUCUAAUUUCCCCUUAAGGGGUGAUUUUUAUUGCUGUGAAUGGUUUUCAGGAGGUGAUGAAACAGUCUAACACUAAUGCUGAUGCAUCUAGACUACAGAAGCUCAUAAGACCACUGAUUUGUCAAUGUUUUGUUAUUCUGCUGCCAGUCAUCCCAUCAGUCAUGUGAUAAAGGAUUGGGCUUUUGGUAAUUUUUUUUCCACAGAAAGGAUUUACAGUUAAAAGACAAAGUGUUUUUUUUCUUCAAUUUCUAUGUAGCAGUGCCAAAAAUCCUCCAAACUAUUAAAUUACAAUGUCAUUUCUGAGUCUGUCUGAAACCUGCCUUUUCAGCAUUAAUGUUACUAAUGUUUGACUGCCAUGACUGGUAUUGAGCAGUCGUUUCAUCAUCAGUUUCAGGAGUAGUAUCAGGAUUUAUGCUGUAUUGGUUAACAAUAAUGUGUAUAAAGUUUAUCAGUGAAAGUAAUGUCUCAUCCUGGUAAAAAUGAUGUCCAGACUCCUGCUUAAGGAUGAACUUGUGCUAGCGCAAAGUGAUACACGCAUGUAAACUGACCACAAAAAAAAGAACGCUAAGUUGUCCUUAAAUGCCCAACCUGCAGUUUUUUUUAGUUUGUUAUUCACAAAAAUAAAAUUAAAAAAACUACCUUGUGUGUGUGUGUGUUUGACUCAGAAGCACUCAGGAUGUUAUUAGCACUCUGAAAUGUGUCACUGGGGGCUGAAAGCGUAUUCUGGCUCCCUCUGAGAGCUUGCCGUAUAUUUAGACUGAUGGGAAUUAAUUCAGUGCCUCUUUAGACACAAGCAACAACCACAAAGGUUGUUGCUUGUGUCUAAAUGGGACACAAGCAAAAUGGGAAUUCAGAGAGGGCAUGUGUGGAGUUACAUACAGGUGAUAAAUCAAAGUUCUCGAAUCCUGCCAUAGGCAGAUGUCCAUGAAAGCUUCAUCUUUGCAGUCAAUAAAGAUCUCUGAAAAACAGAAAAGGUCUACAUAACUUUUCUUGGCCCUCCUUCAGUCUUUCGUCAUGCUGUAUGUUUGCUCCUUUUUGAGGGUUCAGGGGUGUCAUAUGUUGUACAGUCAAUUCCCCUCAGACCCAAUCAAGAGCUUCUCACACUAGACAGAUUGUCAGCGGGGAUCAAUCAGGUACAGAUGAGGAUCUCCCCCAGGUAGCAACUCUGUUUAUCUAGACUUUGUGUCUCCCAUGAUGCCCUCCUCUGAUUAUCCUUUCUUUGUUACUUUUCUGUACCUUAUGCCUGGAAUAAUUCUUUAUAUUUCUGUGUGUUUGUGUUUUACAGGCACUGAUGCAUUAUGCUGGGAGCAGGAACUCCAUGGAACAUGGUCUACCUUUAUUGGAGGUCUACUGCCUGUCCAUAAACUGUUUUGCUGCGGCCCGAUCCCACCUCACUGCUGAGUCUGAUAGAGUGGCCCUUGUUUUGAAGAGACUAGCUUUGUGAGUAUUGCGACAAAAAUCUUGUUGAAUGGUCAACCAAUCAACCAAACGUGUGCAUCUUGUCUGCAAAUCAAGCAUUUUGCAUGGUGGAGCUUUGUACCUUCACUUGAUUCCACUUUUCACUCAGUGUGUCACAAGCCUACAGUUUCUCUCUUGGCUAUGCAUUUACCACAUCCAUGACAUAAGUGAACUACAUGUCUAAAUCAUCCCUCUGUAAUCUGUAUCAAUGCUGUCAAACUCAACCAAACCUCCUCCUGUGUAUAAGGUACUAAAUGAAAGAAACAAAAACAAACUAAUUGACAGAGAUGGCUUGUUACUUUGCAUUAAAUGUGAUUCAUGGUUCGCUUUAAGAAGGGUUCAUGCUGCAAAUGACGGCUCGUCUGAGGGAAUUAACUGAAGAUUUUCUGGUGUGACUGAAAUUAGGUCAGCUGCAUAAAAAGUCUCACAUGGAGGAGCUUUUAAUAGACACCUUUAUAAAAGCCACAUUUAUCUAUUGGUAAAUGUGAGAGUAUAUGUGGUUUCUUGAAAACGUCCCAUCACAGUUUAUUCUGUCUGCUGUACUUCAUCAUAGUCAUACACAGAUCUCGCUGUGAAUUUAUUUUCAGGAGCUGCUUUGAGCUGUUGCUGUCAGUGCCUGAGAAUGAAAUCCCCUAUGAAGCCUGGGUUCAGUUCCACCACUCUGUUCAGGUAAAGGUUGUUUCAGUACUUCGUUUGCAGACUCAGACUGUGCAAAGUCACUUCUGUGCUACAAAAGCCUGAGAAAAAAAGUGCCACAAAUACUGAUGUUUAUAUUCUGCACUGUGUCCUGUCAUUGAUCGUCAGUUUUGUACCUCAAAGCAACAAAAAGAUAAUUCAACACAUGCAAUUGUAUUUAUCUUUGAUUAAUAGGGCAAAAGUGACAACUAGGAGACUGUAUAAUUAGUAUGAUUGCUUAAGAAUGACACCCAGUAACUGUAGACAGCUGUUACUCUCAUCCUCAUGCUGUUUUUAAUUCUCUUUUCAUGAGGUACUGUCAGUUUCUCUGCUUUUAGAUUGUGUUCAGCUCUCAAUCUGAAUCUCACAGAGCAAAAUGUGUGAUAUUUUUCAUCUCUCUCCUUGACAAAUAUAGAGCUGUUUGAUGUUAUUAUUAAGAAAAUCUGAAAUUUUUGUCAGCGCUGUUGACAACAAAGGAAAUGUGCUUUUAAAACAUCCGCAGCUUAAGCUGAGCUCUGAUUAAGUUUCAAAAGACGUGUGCUUUCUUUGUUUAGACUUGAUCAGUUGUUGAAUCAGAAAAAAGAAAUAUGCUGUGACAGUUGAGCUGCGCUGCUGCUGCUGACUCUUAAGGGAAGGUGCAAAACAUUUCUGAUUCGUCUGAGUUUCCAUCUAAUGUGAGGUUUUUGUGUUUACCCCAGAUCGCCCAUGAUAACUUGUUACAGUAUGGCAGCACAGACCUCCAGGCUUUACUGCAGAUCACAGGAGAAGGAGGAGCGUGGAGCAACGCCGUCCUCACAGCCCUCCUCACCGGCCAGCCUACCAACACAGAAGAAGGUCUGACUCAAAGUCACAGAUUAAUUUGGACACAAAUUCACCCUUUUGGUUCUUCUUGUGACACUCUCCUUUUCUACGUUCUGUCACCAGUUGAUGCAUACAUCAGCUUGGAGGGUGAAGGCUUUAUGGAGAUGCGGGUGAAGCACUUGGAGAAGAUGGGAGAAGUCGCCAAGGCAGUGGUGCUGGCUAAAGCUUGCACUGAGUGCAGCUUCAUCUCCAAUCAAGCAACCUUUCGUCAAACGUAUGUCUCCCUGCUGUGUCACCUGCUGCCCAACGAGGAAGCCAUCAUGGAGGUAUUGAAACACUUUGUGUUUGUUUGUAUAAAAAUAUGCACUUGACGGUAAGUUGUUGGAAUAAUACAGUUUAAGGAUUGGAUGUUUUUAUGCAUAUCGGUCACUGAGAUUAGCAGACAGUGAUAGAAACAGGUUUAACUUUUAUAUAUGUAAGAGGAUUUUUCAUAUGAUGAAGCUUUGUCUCGUACCCAAGUUAUCAUGUGGCAUUGAGAAACUAUAAAACAAGAGUACGGCUGGAUCCGGUAAAGACUCUGCUCACCAAGUUUGCCAAAAAAUUACAAGAGCAGAGAGGUUCAGAAAGUCAGUCGAUGUAAAUGGUAAGUUAAAUUUAUGCACAGCUUUUUAAAUGGUCCAGAAAUUUAGCAAAAAAAAGAGAAAAAGUUCAGCGACUAAAUUGUUGAAGGAGCUUUGUUAUUGGCAGUUACAUCGAGCAGGCUGAUGAGGUUUCUGCUGUUUCUCCUCUCAGUCUCGCACACAUACACACGCUCACAGCAACAUCUCCUUCUUAUGUAUAAUUAUUAAACGGCAGGAUAAAAUAUGGAUUUUUUUUGCAGGUGAAAUGCUUCUAAAUAAAUAUUGAAGAGUUAAUAUUGAGUAUCCCUUAAAGUAGAGUCUGAAAUUCAGAUGCUGAUUGAGCUUCUUGACAUUCAGUUUGAAGAACCUUUAGGGACUCAGUAUGACUUGCUCUGAAUUAUUCAAUCCUAUGGCCACAUAUUAUGAUUAUUUUUGUCUCAGCCAGUCCAAAUUGAUUGAAAGGCGGUAUGUGUUUUAGAUUUGAAUGCAUUACAGUUAUGGUGUCUUAUGUUGUUCUUCUUAUGCUUUCUCUGAUCUCAAGGACAGUAAUUUAUCUGUAACUGACAAUUAUGAGAGGAAUCAGUUUUUCAGUUUAUUUAAUCCCAACCCUAAUCCUAACACUUAUGAAUAGAUGAAUAGACCUGAUGUAUUUUAACUGCAGUACCCAUUUGAUUUCUUAUUGAGAGUCAUCGAUGUGACGCCUGUCGUGCCGCGUUUUAAGCCCCCAGCAUUGGGUUUCCUCUCUGAACAGAUAUCCAGACUUGACUGUAAGGAUGUACUGGAGAUUACAUGUAACCUGGAGACGGAGGGGGAGGAGAACACAGCAUUCAUCUUGUGCACAACUUUCCUGACACAGCAGCUUCAGCAGCAGAGUCUUUACUGCUCUUGGUGAGUAGUCCCUGCAUGGACUGUAUAUAUUCUGCAUUUCAUAUUCACGAUAUGGGAAGUAUUAUUGGUCCUAUCAAUUGAAUCUGCUUUCUGUGUUCCUCUGUCAUUGCUAUAAGCACCAGAGAGCAGCGAGUCCAAGGAGGAGUAGAUAAUGACAUGAUUAUCUUUUUUUGGUUCAAAGGGAUUUAACUCUGUUGUGGAGUAAACUUCAGAAGAGGAUUGACCCCUCGUUGAUGUCUCUCUUGGAACGAUGCCUUCAACUAGGUGCCAUUGCCAAAACGGUCUCGCAUUUGCUUUACCUGGUUCGCGUCAUUCAGACAGAGGUGAGUUUAACAGCCAUGUGUUUCACUUUUAUUUAAGUUGGUGAUAUGAGCUUCCUUUGGAAACAUUUAGCACCAAGUGAUGAGAAAACACAAGGACCAAACUCAAAGACUAAAGGUCCUUACACACCGGCGAAUGUGCGGAGCGAAGUGAAAAAGCGAGACGAAAAUUGCGAAUAUUCGCCGGUCCGAAAAAUCGCUUUCGCCUAUACACACCGGCCGCGAAGCGAAUAUGCGAAUAUUUUUUGCAAAGCGAAUUAAUAAAGUCGCUUUGCGGCACGGACAUGACACAUGACAUCUGUCUCCUUAGGAAGACAAGAGAGUGUCAUCUUGUGAGAAAACUACUUCAUUAGUAAUUCGAAAGAGUUUUGGAUGCACCUCAGCUGUCUUUCUCUGCGUUUUCAUCAUCUCAAACUUCUCCCUCUCCUCCAGCCGUAUGGGUCUGUGACGUCAUCAACAACAUGACUUUUGAUUGGCCAGAGGUCUAGCAGGUCCAGAUAUUAUCCGAAAAAUUCGACACAGGAGCGAAAAAAUAAAAGCGGCUUUUCGCCCCGCGGAAAAAUCGCCGCCGGUGUGGAAGUUUGCAUUGACUUUAUGCUGUUUUAAAAAAAGGCGAAUAAUUCCCUUGGCGAAUUCUCGCCCGGUGUGUAAGGACCUUAAAGUUUUUUUACUUAAUGUUUCCUGUUUGCUUUUUAAACACACUUGAAUCAAUACGAACUUCUUGGGCCUGAUGACUGGUUAAAAUCUCCACAUUUUCAAAAGACAGAAUUUUGAUACAAGAGUAAACAAGAACAGAGUCAUUGUGUUGUGUGACUAAGGUGUACAAGUGAUAACAAUAAAGGAUACGGGCUGAUCUGAAAAUAGAGGCUUGAAACCAGAGAGGCGCUGCUGUUUAAAAAAAAAAGUGCUUCAUAGCGUACUCAGACCGUUAUGGACCGCGCUAAACCUUUUAUCCCUAAUAUCCAAGAAAUUUUAGCCUGUGGUGCUUUUGUUGGUCUGAGAGUUUCUCUUUUUUUCUUUCACUCAUUGUUUGAAUAAAGAAAGCCUGAGGCUGAAGUUCAUGAGGGACUUGAAGCAAAACAAACCUGGUAGUUUUCUGGUUUGUCAGAAAGCCUUACCCCUGAAGCAUUUUCAGCUCUUCACAUUGAGAGAAGAUGAGUGAGUGUUAGCCUUUUUUUUCCAUCAGGAAGUAGGAUGGGAGAAAAAAGAAUAAUAUGGAGCAGCAGAUGGCAGGAAAAAACGCAGACAAUAUGGCCCAUCUGUUCAGCUUUAUAUCACAGAGUUCUCAAGUUUAGAGUCUCAGCCUGUUCAUUUAAAUAACCAACUCAGUCAUAUCAAAAGAAGUUUAACACAAAAUAUAACUGAUAUUUUGACUGCUGGAAAGCAAACCUUUUGAACGGUCCUGAAAAUGAAAUGCUUGUAGAGUGAGUGGAUUCGGUGUGUUUGAAUUUAUGGUGUUCAUUGUGUUCUUUUUCAGGCGGAGGAAAUGGGAGUACCUGCCUCAGUUGAACUGUGUGUCAAAGCUCUUCAACUUCCAAAGCAGGAAGACUCCGAAACAAGGAUCUCCGUCUGCAAGAUGGUGUCCGGCCUCCUUUCUGAUGACCUUGAAGUGUUGCGUGCCUGUCAGCUCACAGAGUUCCUUCUGGGCCCGAGCCAGGGGGCCUUUGGGUGCCUUGAGGAGCUUUACUUACGUCCUGACCAAAAGUAUGAUGAGGAGAGCGAAGUUAUUCCGAACUCGCUGCGCUGCGAGCUGCUGCUAGCACUUAAAGCAUACUGGCCUUUUGACCCUGAAUUCUGGGACUGGAAAACUUUGAAGUAUCACUGCAUCUCCCUUUUGGGGUUGACACCAGAGUCAGAAGGAGAAGAGGAGGAGGCUGUGGACAAACAAGAGAAAAGUAAACAACUGGAGCUGCAGGGAGUCGCUGUGAAAGUUGAACCACAUCAUCAAAAGAUUAACGGGAGUCUUGAUGGCCAUGAGCCGCAGGAGAAAAAGCAGUGUUGCAAUUCACCCGAAAGAAAACCAGGAGAACCAGAGGCAAAGAAAUUCAAGUUCCGCUGUCAGAUUUGUAAGAGGUCAGUCACUGACACCCAGAUCAUUCACCACUCCAAGAGACACACCGCAGAGAGCUGCCACCCCUGCCCGGUGUGCUUGGAAAAGUUCAAGAGCAGAAAGGAUCUCGUACCUCACAUGAAACAACACAUUCAGAGUAAAACACAUCCAGACAAGAACAACAUCAAGAAAGAGGAUGAGCAGAAACAGAUGGAGGAGGAGGAUGACAUUGAACCAGGCGAGAUCACCAUCGACCCCUCUCUAAUUCUGUAUUACAAGUCCACACAUGAUCCAGAUGUGCUGCACCACAUAGUGGAGCAAGCAAAAACUGUGAAAGAGAAGCCAGUGGACGAUGACGAGCACGUCACCUUCAGCUACAUCGAGCAACACUUCAAUCUGCAGAACCGAGACGAGUACCAGUGCCCAGGAACCGGCUGCUCUCGUGUCUUCAAACAUUCCAAGUACUUAUAUGUCCAUUUAAAGUCAGAGCACAAAGGCGAUGAAAAUGUGAAAUUUUUCCACCAGAUGAGAGACAAGAGGGAGAAGUGUGUUUUUUGUAGACGCCAUUUCGUCUCUGCUUACCAUCACCGCAAACAUCGAAGAGUUCACUACGGGGAGCAGCCCUACACAUGUGUGGUUAUAGGCUGUGGCGCAAAGUUUAGCACUUCCAAUGAACUCGUCAUGCACAAACAGACUCACGGCUACCACCUGAACUACCAGUGCGAGCUCAAUGGCUGUUUCGUAACUUACUCUGACUUGGGACAGAUCUAUCACCAUGAGGCGCAGCAUUUCAGAGAUGCUGCAUUUACCUGUGUCCACUCAGAAUGUCGAAAAUACUAUCUGUCCAAGAAGGAGUUCAUAAAGCAUCUAUCGACACACAACAUCACCUUCUCUGAGGAGGACUUCGAAGCUGAGAGGAAGGCCAGGCGAAAACUUCUAAAGCAGAAGAGGGCCGUUGAAGCGACAGUCAACGUCAAUAAGUCAAAUGAUACUGUGGCGAUUGUAAAUGAGAGUGUCAAGAGCUCUCCAUCUGUAGGAUGUGCCUCCUCCUCCUCCUCCUCCUCCUCUUCCUCCUCCUCACAAGCCACGGAGACCAAGGAGCCAAACGCAACAAUGACCUUGGUGGCUGUGUGUUUUGAUGGAAGUAAGUUCACAUGCGGUUUUGAGAAGUGCGGCAUGACUUUCUCCAGAGCCAGAGAUGUCCAGAGGCAUCUGAGAUGUGCCCAUCCAGAGCACCUUAAACUCGAGAACAGAGAACACAAACACGACAAAGACCGGGGCUCAAAACCUAAAGGGAUAAAGACCGAAACUGAACCGGACAGUGAGGAAAGAGACAAAAACGAGCCACCAGCCCCGUCUCAACAUGUGGAGGACAGCAAAGAAAGGAAAGCCCCCAGUCAUCACAAAAACAAUGAAACAAAAUCGUCAAGCCUUCAAACAAAAAAUGAUGCCCUGAAAGAAAUCCUCAUUGGCCUCAGUAAACUGGACCUAAACGCAUCAUCCCCUCACAGUGAUCAAAGCGAUUCCCCUCAGUCGACACCAGAACCUGAUGCAGCACAAAUCGCUCUUCAUCAGGCGAUCAUGGCCAAGCCCACAAUGGCCUUGCUUCAGAAGGUACAAGUCAAAACCGAACAACUCUCUCCUGAUGAGCAAGCCUUGGCUGAAUCGUUAGCCAAUGCAAAGCCGUACGUCUGUGAGGUGAAAAGCUGUGGCUUUAGGACAGCUCAGAGUUACAGCUUGCUGCGGCACUAUAACACCAGACAUGGCCGCACUGUGGAACAGGCCAAAAGGUUAACUUCUUUAAAAACCACAUCUUUUAAGCCUUACACUUGUCACCUUUGCUCCAAGGGUCACAGAGAGAAACAUGUUUUGAGGGCCCACUAUGUUAACGUACACAACCUGAGCGAGGCUUUUCUGAACAAAAUAAGCGGUACAACUGUUCAGAGCGAGGAAAACAAAGAACCCACAAAGCAAAUGGCUCAGCACUCGACUAGCACUGGUUUAAAAGAGAAAAAAAGAGAGAUGCUGAAGUUGCAGCCCCAACAAGAGCCAAAAAAUUCAACAAUGAUGAGGGAAAAUGGACAAAAUACUGACAAUCAAUCCCCCUCUGAAGAGGAAGGAGAGGAUGACACAGAGAGUAGAGAGGAAGGGGAUCAGCAGAAAGACGAUAGCGAGGACAGGACCCAGCAAGUCAGAUCUACAAGACGAUUGGUCGCCAAAAGUAACCUGUGCUAUAUAUUGGACAAAUUCAGCAAGCCUUUUCAUUGUGUUGCAAAAAACUGUGACGCAGCGUUUUCCACCCAGGGAGGCCUGGUGCGCCAUCUUCAGUUGGUACAUCGCUACAACCGUUCUCAGCUGUUGUUGGAGAAAGAUGUCGAUGCGCAUGACAGUCCAGAGGUGAGGAAAGAGCCGGCCAAGAAGAGGUCUGUCCCGAACUUGGAUGAACCUCAACCCCAAUACAAAUGCCACUUCCCCAACUGUAGCGCUUCCUAUCACCUUAAGAGCAGCCUAGUGCGCCAUACCCGUGAUAGCCACACGCACCCGUCAGAGCUGAUAAGGUGUAAGUAUGAGGGCUGUACGAAAGUGUUCACCCAUGACAAUGCACUUAAAAAACAUACGCUUUAUAGUCACUGCGAGUACUACGAUUCCCUGGUGGUACGCCUCCAGAGCACUCACAAAAAGUCUAUUACUGGAUGCCAAAAGAAGCUUAUCGUCACUCCACAGAGUCCUCAGAAAGAAGAGCCUGGUUCAGCGACCACACAGGCAGAGACGUCGAGUCCAAAGCCUGAAGAUACCGUCCACUCCACGGAAGACAGUGAAGGGAGUCCUGAGGUGAGAAAACCUGAGAAAGACAGGAAGCGAAAUACCUUUGAGUGUUUUGUCUACAGAUCUCCUGAAGAAGCUCUUCAGAUGUGCCAGGACCGAUGCAUGCGUGUGGCCUACCCAUGUAUGGUUCAGGACUGUGACUCCGUGGUCGUGUACAUAGGAAGCUUACACCGCCACUACCGUAAGGUUCACCGCAUGCGUCAAGGUGAUAUCAUGAAGAACGCGAAUAAGCUGGUUUUUAAUGCUGAGCAGCUGGAGGAGCUGAUUCAGAGGAAGUCAGCCAAGCCAACAGUGACAGAAGAGUGUGUCCCUAAUGGGGUUCACAAAAUGGAGUAUCAGACAAAUCAGACAGAGCCUGAAAACUCAGGGGUGCAGCCAGAGCUGAUGAGCUUACACUCCAUCGAGACAGAGACUCAGGAGGAGGAAAAAAAACCUGAUCCACAUGAAGUCCCGGAGGGGGGAGAUGAGGAGCCGCUACCUGUUGAGAGAAAUGGUGUCCUUGUGGGCGCAGAUGAGGUACUUUACGGUGAACCGAGCACCGAGCAGGAAUCUGAGGACCCUCCUACAGUCACACCAAACAUUCAAAAACAGGAGAACAGAUUAAGCUUGGAUCAAAUCAAACCUUUUCUCCGACCUUUGACUGUUGAUCUCUCACCACAGUGCUCACUGCGCUAUACUGCCGAGGAAGGUUUCCAGGACUUAUCUGGCACCAAGGACGGCGGUAAAAAGUUAAACGGAUCAGCUCCAUCACCCACACUUCCUGUCCGCCAACCGCUUAAGAGGAAAAACGAACUGUCCGAACAGCCUUCAAACUUGAAAGAUGCCCUGCCUCGCAGCCCCUCUCCACGUCCUUUUGACAUCAACGCUUACAAGCCCAUAGGCUUUGAGUCCUCUUUCCUGAGGUUCAUACAAGAGACAGCCCCAAAGGAAAAAACUGAGGAGAUACUAAAACGGCGAGACUCUUUUAAACGCCAUUGUUCCGUGAAGGAGAACAACCAGCUCGGGAUCUCUCACAACCGCAGCAGACGCACUCAUUCCCCACUGCUGAAGCCCCACAGUAUGACUGGAGACUUCACAUCAAUCCAAAACUUGAAGUCCAUCUUGGACAAAGCCCUGGCUGGGUGUGGGGACCUGGCCAUUAAGCAGCUUCAGUACCUCAGACCUGUGGUGGUUCUGGAGAGACCUGUGUGCACCACCACUCUGCCUGACCUCUUCCCAACAGAGACUAACAGCAAACUGCUUCUCGGGAGUUAGUUUCGCUUAGCACCUUUUAAACAUAGCUACAAUGAAUUACUUUUAAUCUUCACAAGCUGUAUAUCAGUGUUUUCUUUCUCUUCCAAAUUAAUAGUAUUAAGUUUUGCUGUUUUUUUAAGUUGCCAAACUAAAGAAUGAAAGAACUCAGCAUAGAGAUAAAAAUUGAGCUUCAACAGUGCACAAAUCAAGCGUGGACUUUUUUUAGACUUUUGUUGUAAAAGCACUCACAUAACAUCUGUUAUGGUAAAUCCUGAUCCUAAGUGUAAAUAAUGUAGGUCUCUAAGAUAAAUGUACAGAUUUUCUUUACAGAUUGUUAGAAAUGGUCAGUAGCGUAUUGCAAGGCCUUUUGUUGUGUGAAAAAAAAAGUGAUAAUUGACAUUUCCUUACUACAAGACUCUUGAGGAAUAUGUUUUGUUACUUUCCACCUCAGUUUAUAAUCAGUGUUGGGAUGCAGUGGACAGAUGUUGGCAGACAUGUAUGUAACACUUUCUAAUAAAAUAAAUGUGGAAACGAUAUAUAAAGCCCUUACUUCUCAAACUGUGUGACAUCUUUUGCAUCAUUAUUACAUAACAGUAAGAUGCACCUGAGGAGCUGAAGUCGACAGUACAACUUAUGAACUAGUUUAAUAGCAGCAUUUGUUUUAAGAAACCCUAAUGCCUGAAAUAUGAUGUAAACACUCAAGUACUGAAUGUGGUACUUUUUUUCAGAAAUUUAUAUUGUCAGUGUAAAAAAAUAUCUGUUCACGUCACGACUAAACUGUAUUUACAAGUGAUGACUUGCAUCAAGUAUUGCUAAUCUGUGCAGAUAACAUGUAAACUUUUAUUUUAUAUUCUUAGAUUUCAGUCUUAAUCUCAGACUUUUUUUCUCUAGAGGGACUAUUCAUUCUUUUGAUGUAAGGCUUGUAUUUUUUGUGAAGAAUACAUAGUUAUUGACAGGUUGUCAAUGUCAGCCUCUGUAAAUUGCUGAUUAAAAAUCUUUGAUACACUCAUUAUUCCCUCCGAUACUUUGGUCAUAUGGUGUACAUCUGCAUAUAUUCUAGCUGCAAGUAUUACAGGAUGACUGUGCUGUACUGCAUAGAGACUGAAAACACCUGUGGGCUCAUGGAGAGACCUGAUUAAAGGGUUAUUGCAAAUACAUGCGGAGCUCUACGAAUAGCAUGAAUGUGGUGCACAGGUUCACACAGAUGCAGGGCCGGCCCAAGCCU